GAACGGUUACUCUAGACUCACCCGCGCGACCUUCUUUUCCAGAUCUGAGAAAACAAACCAAACAAAAGAAAGGGCUCCUUUUCUUGUUUUUUUUUUCUUAAGCAAAAAAAAUUUCAGAUCUUUUCGUUUCUCUACAAAACUAACCAAAUCAAAACACUAAAUUUACACUAAAAUGGAAGUGGAAAAUGGAGAUGACACAUCGGCGAUGGCUAACCUCAUCCCUCUGGCCUCCGUCUCUCAACAACCUUACGUCUCUGAGCUUCUCUCGUUCACUCUCGAUCGCCUCCACAAAGAACCAGAGUUACUGCGAGUUGAUGCAGAGAGAAUUCAAAGGCAAAUGCAGGAAGUAGCGGUGGGGAAUUACCGUGCAUUUAUUGCUGCUGCCGAUGCAUUGCUUGCUAUCAGACAAGAAGUUUCUUCUAUUGAUAACCAUCUUGAAUCUCUGAUAACUGAGAUCCCAAAGUUGACAUCUGGCUGCACAGAGUUUAUUGAAUCUGCAGAACAGAUUUUGGAGGAGAGAAAGAUGAACCAAACAUUGCUAGCCAACCAUAGUACAUUGCUAGAUUUGCUUGAGAUUCCUCAACUUAUGGACACAUGUGUAAGGAAUGGAAAUUAUGAUGAAGCUCUUGAUUUAGAAGCAUUUGUAUGCAAACUGUUGACUAUGCACCCUAAAUUACCUGUCAUUCAAGCAUUAGCUGCAGAAGUUAGGCAGACCACACAAUCUCUUUUGUCUCAGCUUCUCCAGAAACUUCGAUCUAAUAUCCAGCUGCCUGAAUGCCUCCGAAUUAUUGGAUAUUUGCGUCGGAUUGGAGUGUUUAGUGAAUAUGAGAUGCGUCUGCAGUUUCUGAGAUGUCGAGAGGCAUGGCUUACUGGUAUUCUAGAGGAUUUGGACCAGCGAAAUGUUUAUGAAUAUUUGAAAGGGAUGAUAAAUUGCCAUAGGAUGCAUCUCUUUGAUGUUGUUAACCAAUACCGAGCAAUAUUUGCUGACGACACAUCAGGAAGUGAAGAAAAUUAUGACGGUGGGCUUCUUUUUAGUUGGGCUAUGCAUCAGAUUACUGCACACCUUAAAACUCUUAAGAUCAUGCUCCCCAAGAUAACUGAGGGUGGUUCUCUGUCAAAUAUUCUGGAUCAGUGCAUGUAUUGUGCAAUGGGACUUUGUUGGGUUGGCCUGGAUUUUCGGGGCUUGCUUCCAUCACUUUUUGAAGAGGCUGUUCUAAAUUUAUUCUCAAAGAAUAUGAGUACCGCAGUUGAAAAUUUUCAGUUAGUUCUGGAUUCCCAUCGCUGGGUUCCACUACCAGCAGUUGGCUUUCCAACCAAUAGUGUCAGUGAAGAAAAUCAAGAAGAUGUGACUCCACCAUCUUAUCUAAUGGAACAUACACCUCUUGCAGUGUUUGUUAAUGGUGUAUCUGCUGCAAUGAACGAACUACGUCCUUGUGCCCCCUUAAGUUUGAAGUUUGUGCUUGCUCAAGAGUUAAUUAAGGGCUUGAAGGCUGUUUCUGACUCCCUAUUAAGGUACAAUGCGACUCGGAUGCUCAGAGAAAAUGAAUCUGGACUUUUCCUCUCACUUUGCCGAGCUUUCAUAGAGGUCGCUUACCCACAUUGUGCCACAUGCUUUGGUCGCUGUUACUCAGGGGGCACUGCUCUUAUUAUGGAUGCCAAGAAUUUAUAUGAUGGUAUUAGCCGCCUAUUAGCAACCUCUCCCUCAAGAGAACUUCCAAGACCAGUGAAUAACCCCGAGGAAAAGAGCAUUACAGAAAAUGGGAACCUGCCUGUGGUCGAAAAUGAGGUCAGUACGGAUGUUGAACAACCACAGCCACAGGGUAUGAAUGCAGCAACAGAUGAAAAGGAGCAGAAAAGUCCCACCAUACCAACAGACGAAAAGCAACCUGAUGCAUGAAACAUCAGAUCAUGGUAUACUCCAAGAAAAGAAUAUCCUGAUAGAGGCCCACCAUUAAUUUUGUAGUUGAUUCUUUUUUCUAUUCAAUUUUCUAAUAAUGUGUACUAGUAUCCUGUCAAAUGAUAUUUAUUAGAUUCUUUUUGAUAUUUGUUGAGAUAUACAAGAGAGAGACUAUUUCAGGGAGAGUUGGAUAUAUGUAGAUGUAUUACAGCGAAGACAAUAUAUAAAAGGUUAUUCUCGUGUAA